AUGUCAGCUGAAGAUACUAAACCAAAGACCGAAGAUUCAACUUCUGUUCCAAAGCCACCAACUUCAAAUGUUUUUUCCAUGUUUGGUGCCAAAAAGGAGAAAAAACCAGAACAAGAAGAUUCCGACAACAAGAAACCAGUAGAAUCCGAUAAAAAAGAAGAAAAAGAUAGUAGCAAAUCUACUGGUGAUGACAAUGAAGUAGCAGAAGAAGAAGAAGCUGAUGUUGAAUUCACUCCAGUUGUUCAAUUGGAUAAAAAAGUCGAAGUUAAAACCAAUGAAGAAGAUGAAGAAGUCUUGUACAAAGUUAGAGCUAAAUUGUUUAGAUUCCAUGCUGAUACAAAGGAAUGGAAAGAAAGAGGUACUGGUGAUGUUAAAUUUUUAAAACAUAAGACUACUGGUAAAGUUAGAAUUUUGAUGAGAAGAGAUAAAACUUUGAAAAUUUGUGCUAAUCAUUUGAUUUCCGCUGAUUAUGAAUUGAAACCAAAUAUUGGUUCUGAUAGAUCUUGGGUUUAUACUGUCACUGCUGAUGUUUCUGAAGGUGAACCAGAAGCUCAAACUUUAGCUAUUAGAUUUGGUAAUAAAGAAAAUGCUGAUCUUUUCAAAGAACACUUUGAUAAUGCUAAAAAGGAAGCUAAAAAAGAUUAA